UGCAAAUGCUUAUUUUUACGCCCAUAGAUAGGAUUUCUCAAGAUCGGCGAGAGUCUGUUAUAGAGGACAGGGUAAGAUCAUCAACAAACAGGAAACAUUAAAAAAAAGAGGUGAUUAAAAGGUUGCGUAAGAAAGAUAAAACAUUGGUGAAAAAAAAGAAAAGAGGAAAUCGCAGGAACGCGAACGACAAGGAAAAAAGUAAACCGAACAGCCGUCUGGACAACGAGCCUCAUCUGACCCCUUAUCGGGGUUUUAGAAUGGAAACGAUUGUUUGUGUCUUGGACCAGAGCUCUGCUGCGCCAUGAAGAAAGAAAUGAGUUUAAACCUGGACGACCAGAACAGCUCUAACCUGAAGCCGGACUUGCGGGACGCGGAAGGUAUACUCAGCUCCCAGGACCUGGGACUUUUAAAACUGGCCUCGCCUGAGCUGGAGAGGCUGAUCAUCCAGUCCAACGGCAUGGUCACGACGACUCCGACGUCUCAGUUUGUCUACCCGAAGCCGGUGAGCGACGAGCAGGAGUUCGCAGAGGGUUUCGUGAAAGCCCUGGAGGACCUUCACAAGCAGAACCAGCUCAACGGCGGCGCGGCGACUCUCAACCGCCUGGCGACAGGCGCCGCUCUCGGCUUGCCAUCAGACCUACCGGUCUACACGAACUUGAGCACAUAUGGAAGCGGCGCGCUGGGCACGGCCGUGAACUACACCACGGACACGAUCCCGUUUCCGCCGCCACCGACCACAUCGGUGUCCCCGUCGUCUUCGUCGGCGUCGUCAUCGUCAUCGUCGUCGCCACUCACACAGCAGGCCGCGACGCAGGCUACAGCGGCCGGCCGCAUCCGUUCGCCCAAGGACGAGCCACAGACCGUGCCCGACGUGCAGAGCUUCGGCGACAGUCCGCCGCUCUCGCCCAUCGACAUGGACACGCAGGAGCGCAUCAAGGCCGAACGCAAGAAGUUGCGCAACCGCAUCGCCGCCUCCAAAUGCCGCAAGAGGAAGUUGGAGAGGAUCUCACGCCUGGAGGACAAAGUCAAGACGCUGAAGACGCAGAACAGCGAGCUCGCGUCCACCGCCAGCGUCUUGCGCGAGCAGGUCGCGCAGCUCAAACAGCGGGUCAUGAACCACGUGAACAACGGCUGCCAGCUGCUGCCCACCCAGGUGCAGGCGUACUGACCCCCCGUUUCACUUCCAGCACAAUUGUGCCAAAAGAGCGGACACUGAUUUUGGUGCUCAUGUGUACAUAAGAGACUUUUUUUUUUUUUUUUUUUUUUUACAUACAUGUUUACACCGUUUUGUAGCAAAUGGACUGAUCUGAAUAGGAAACUAACCCUCCUGGAGCUCUGCUUUACAUGCAGAGUUAAACUUCCUGUAUGCAUCCUAUACACAUGGUAUAGGAUUAAAAUAGUCCAGGAGAGAUUAGUUAAUCCGGUUUGUUAUAUGGUUUAAAUCUAAAGAAAAGAACAAUAGGCCUGAAUCUGUCUUACUGCCUACCAGGCUUUGACAAUUGCAUUUACACUACUACCUGUCACAGGUCUCAGACUCUGGGCCUCGUUAACUGAGACAGAAGACAUAAAGCAGCAGUGUUUUUAUUUUGUUUAUUUUUAUUUUUUGCAUGAUACCGUGACAAAACUCGAUGAGUGCAACCGAACACAGAUGUCGUGCAUGCACACUUCAUGUGUAAAGCCUUAACUAUGUACAGACACUUAUUAACCAAUGACCUUAUCUAAUUUAUAUUCAGCUAUUCACACAUUCUUAUUUCUCGCCGUUGUGACUUGUCAUUGAUUUUCGUGUUUUUUCGUCACAAGUAUCGCCUUCGAGAUUUAUUGAAAUACAGUCCAAUAAAACCGAUUAUUGUAUUUGC